AGACCCACAAUUUUCACUUUAUGAAUUAUUACGUCAACAACAACUGUUUCCAUACAAAACAAUGUCUCGUGUAACUUUGAAAAAAGAAGUUGAAGUAACAGCUUACUUGUUUGGAGAAAAUCACAAGGCUUCCUAUGGUAUUGUAGUGUUACACGAGAUUUGGGGUGUCAAUUAUACUAUUCGUGCCUUGGCUCAAGAACUGAGUGACUUUUUGAACUGCAAAGUGUUGCUUCCCGACUUAUUUGCUGGAAAAGUUGCAAAACAUAUUUCAGAAGCGACAAGAAUUCGUUCACUACUGGAUUGGUCUCAAGUUUUAUCUGAUAUUGGAAUCGCUGUACGUUUUUUGAGAGAUAGACAACACUGUAGGAAUGUUGCAGUUGUGGGAUACUCUUUAGGAGGUGCUUUGGCACUUACUGCUGCAGCCGCUGUAAAUGGAUUGGAUUGUUGUGUCUGCUUCUAUGGUAUUCCACCGAGACAACUUUGUGAUGUACGUAAAAUAUCUAUUCCAGUACAACUGCAUUUUGGUGAGAAAGAUCAAGCAAAGGGUUUUACUGAUUUAGAAGAAGCAAUGAGGUUAGAAGAAGAACUAAAGUUGGCCGGUGUCAAUCAUGAACUAUUUGUAUAUCCCAGAGCUGGUCAUGGCUUUAUGAGUCGACCUGAUCAAUAUGACAUAGAAUUGGCAGAUUCUGUAAAGCAACGUAUUCUGGAACAGUAUGAUCCUGAAAGUCGUCAUUUAGCGUUUCAGAGAAUGAUUAGUUUCUUUAUGCGUCAUUUUGAUACAGUUUGAGAAUCAUAACUAUAAUACAAAUAGUUUUUUUAUAAAUAUAGAGAGAUGAAAUUGCUUACUA